GUCCGUAAUAAUCUGUCAGUCUGUGCUCAGCUCCCAUCUGCACUACGGAUCCGUAUUAGCGCCAGACUAGCUCGAGGUGGCUAGCCUCUGUGCCAGCCUGUUUGGAGCAUUUCUGGCCCCACAUUGCAUAUCCAGUCCCCAUACUCACCUUGGCAUGUACAUACACACACCAACUUCUUGCCCCGCAGGACUGUCAACUGUCAACCGUCGAUGAGCGACGAGAAUCACAAGCGGCUAUCCGCACAUGAUUCUUCAACCGAUCCUCCGUACACUGGAUUAUCUUUCACGUACCCGGUCUAUUGUUUCGUUCCUCCCUCCUCGGACCUCAUUCUUGACUCUUCUGAUGCGCCCGGUAUUGGAUUGGGCGCCAGACCCAGACCCAGACUUAGGACUUAGACGCACACGCAGACUUUCCAGCGCGACAUGGCGUCGAGCCUCGCGUUCCCGUCAGCUAAGCUUGGUAUCCUCGGCUUGCCUGUAGAGAUCAUCAAGGAGAUCUGCAGCCACUGCUCACAGUCCGACCUCAUAUGCCUCGCGUUGGUGUCGCGGCAGUUUCAUGAGCUAGCCGCGUCCCAGCUCUACCGUAACUUCCACAUCGUAUUCCCCGACGAGGAUGACCCGACCUUCGACUCCCCAAUUGAUGGGCUCGCCAGUGGCCUGGAUACCUUUGUCACGAGCGAUUACGAUUACGCAAAACAUCUCCACGACCUCUCUCUCGAUACGCUGAGCGCUGGCGCAAGGGCGGAACAGGCUUAUAAACCCUACUUGUACAAAGUCAGUUGUGGCAAGUUCAUGAACACACUGCUGCUCCUUGUCUUGCGGAGGGCCACAUCCCUCGAGACCUUCAAAUGGAAUAUCCGUGUCGAGCUCAGCCGCCCUGUCUACAAGGCCCUACACAACAUCACUUCCCUCAAGCAUCUUCACCUGCGCAUGCAGAGUGGCUACUCACUCUACGAAACACCGCCGCCCCUGCCGUGGAGCGGUAUCACCGCCACCUCACCCUCGGGUUCUGCUUCGCCUGCCGUGCCGCUUACAAGUAACACAGCAUGGACAAAUCCCAGCGCCCCGAGUCCGUUGUACAGCACUGGGUCCAAUGCGCCUUUCUUUGGCCCCGUCCCAUCCACAACCGGCCCCUGGGGUCUCAAUAUCCCUACGCAGUAUACUACUUAUGCGCCUCCCCCCAUCAUAUCGUUGCCACCCAAUGGAAGUCAUGCGGCCAUGCCAACACCUCCCAAACCCCCAUUCAGAGCGAAGCCCAUCAAAAAGUCCGCCACCACCAAGGAACCACUCACUAUCGCCGGCUUCAACAAGUUGCACACCCUGAGCGUACUGGAUAUCGACAGUCUCGACAUCAUCGCAGAAAUACAGGCUUGUAUCCAAAACUCAUCUUCCCAACUACGGAAGCUGAAGCUCUCCUUCUCAGACGGUCUUGCUUCUCAAGCGAGGAAGCCAAAGGUCGAAGUCGAUCCUAAUGAGUCCGACGAUGACGACGAGUUUCAGAUUGUGCCCAUGACUACCAGUUACGAUGACGGUACUGGCCCCGCUAGAGCUUUCCGAGCUCAACAGGAGCGUAAGGCACAAGAGUUGGUGCUGGGCCGUGUUUUCGCCGUGGAUACUUUCACUUCAAGGACAACGCAAUUGGUCCAGAGGCUCAAAACCAGAGCUACUGAGAAGGCUCAGCAGAGAAGUCUGCAGCAGAACCCUGUGGCGGACCGCCAGAACAUGUUCCUUUCCACCAUACAAUUAGUCUCGAAGCGGUUGUGUGACAAUACUGUACAGGUCGCCUCGGAGCAGAAGGAGAUUUUGGACUUGAUAACUGCAGCAUCCAAGUUAUAUGUUGAAGACGUCGACAAGGACGUUGCCAGAACGUCUCAGGGAAUUUACAUUCCGCCGUCUUGGCUACCGGAAGCGGGGGAAAGCUCCUCAUCUACUACACUGCUAGGCAAUGACGCUGAAGCGGCGACGGCCUCCGCUCCGCCUAAUGCGAAGCCCCGUUCAAGUUUGCAAGAAGACAAUGACGACACCGAACCGGAAGAUAUCGAUGUUGCCAAACCAGAGGAGCAGCUUAACGAGGAUGUCCUGGACACAUCCAAUGAUGAUCUGACACCAAAGAAUGAACCGUCCCUUCCAAGCACAGCAUUCCCUACACCGAGUGCCACAAACUCGACUCGAGGAACUCCCUCCCAAGCUAGCUCUGCCACGCCAAGCAUAGUUGCUGCUGCUAAGGAAACGGUCGAUCGCCCCAGCAAUACGGACAAUAUGUUUGGCGUUGUGACAGAACCCAGUGCCCAAUCGCACACAGACGACUCGCAACCGCACAGUUACCAAGACGUCCAACAUGAAAUUAAUGUGAUUGAGGCAGAACUCGAGGAGCUUGGAGAAGUUCCUUUAUCUGCCUGUGAUACCGACGAGGAGAUACAGCGCCAGGUCAGCGAGUAUGUACGAGCAACAAGGGGGAUAGCGCUGAAAUCAUUGAGUAUUCACCUCAUUCCCGUCAAGGCAUCAGUGCUUGGGCGCGCUAUAGACCUUCGAACAUUGACCAGAAUUACCCUGCUCAAUGUUGGUAACCAAGCUCCAAUUUGGGCUUUAAUGACCAGGGAGAACAAGGCAGGAUAUCUUCCACUGCGCAAGAUCUUUACCGACAAUGUUUCUUCUCAUUUCUUGAACUUGGUGUCACAAUUGGAGACGGUUGAAGAACUGUUUCUGCUUGAACGUAGUCUCAAGUACAAACCUGAGAGCUUUGCUCCAAGGACUGAGAUUACGUUGGAUCAGAUCCGCCGAGCAAUACUGAAGAAACACAUGCGAACCAUUAAACGUUUAAUGAUCAAAAACCAGAAAGAAGGAGACAAUUCUUGGGAUAUGGACGAGAAAACCAUACAGCUAAUUUGCAAGCGUGGUAAAGGUCUUGAAGAAUUGGCUAUCAACACGGGCAUAUCUGCAAUUCAUGCCUUCCUGCAACAUUUGACUGGUCUUUCGAACUUGAGGGCUCUGCAUAUCUUGUUUUUCCGGGUCGAGGAUACAUGUCUUUCCGUCAUGCGCGAGACUAGACGUUUCAUUGUCGACACUAUUUCGCAUCAUCCCGAGAUGUUGCUCGAGUGGAUCGCCAUGGGCGACGAUAACCGCGCGGAUCGCCUCGUUCGCAGAACCGACAAGCCUCGGCGGCCUAUGAAAAAGAACAAAAGUAAAGAAAAAGAGUUGGUCCAAGGGUUGAUGAAUACAGCGGAUCCUGCGUUGCCUAUCUUACCGACCGAUGCCUGGGAUGACAGCUCGAGCGAGAGUGAGUUCGAUGACGAUGGGGGCCAACCAUACCUGAAGCUUGAUCUCAUUGAGAAUAUUUGCUUCUACGACAUCUGGGGCGUUCGUAUCUUCAAGAAGGAGGUGGUCGCCGCCAGGCUAUGACACUAAUGUUCUUAUAUGAUAUACGAAAUCGAAUAAUGACCGCGGC